ACUUUACACUUGUCACAAAAUAUUCCUCCAAACACAUUCUGUCAAGUGUCACCAUUUUCCUCCUCUCUUCCCAAACUUUAGGACGUUUCUCUUUCUUCCUCCAAAAUCACUUUGUUUUCCCAUUUUUACAGUUUCAAGAAUAAAAACACCAUCUUUUUUGGAUUUAAAACCCCCAUGAAAAUCUCCAAUCUCAUUCAAAAUUUUCCCAUAUCUUUUACAUUUUUCCAACCACUAAUCAAUAUUGCGUGAAUCAAACCACAAAGUUUAUUAUAUGCUUUUUUAUUCAAACGUUUUGUUUGUUAUAUCGUAGUUUUUAUGUCCUAGUUGCUUUCUCCUACCUUACUUAUUAUAUCUAUCACACAUGGUAUGAUAUAGAAAAAUACCCAUCUUUUUUUUUUCUUUCUCAUCUUGUAUGCUUUCAUUUAUUUGUCACACUACCCAAUUAGCUAUUAUAUGAUUUUGUCAAUGAAGAACUUGUGAUUUGAUUGGAUAAGAUUUAGAAAGUCUGCUCUAAUUUUGGUUUUAAUUGGGUUAGUUAAUAGUUAGUGUGAUUAUAUUGUACAUUUUUAGCAAGGAUCACCAAUAUUUUAGGUGAUCCUAUUAUAUGAAUUAGAUGGUUUUGAUCACUCUGACAGUAACAAUUAGUUUAUAAUCUAAAAACCCAGAUGCCAAAAUCCCAGAAAUUUUCAUUAUUUGCUCUUCAUUUGGUAUAAAAUCCUAUUUUUGAGGUGAUUAGGAUUGAGUAAGAUUCUAGGUUCUUCUGCUGGUUUAGAUUAAAAUGCAGGGGAGCUUGAGGUUAGUGAACGGCGAAAAUGGGAAGGAAACUGUUAGCUCUAAUACAAGAACAGUCCCUGGCAAAUCUUGGUCAUUUAGGAUCCUUUAUUUUUUCUUGAUAUUCUUGGUUUUAGGACUUGGAGUGUGUAUAUUGAGUAUGAAUAUGAUAAGGUAUUUUGGGUUGCGAAAUAUGGUAUUGAGAGAAUCAUCUAGCUUAGAACAUUGCUCUGAUAAUAUCAAUAAUCUAGAAUGCUGGUUAAGACCACCUUCUAAUCUAAUGCAUAACAUGAAUGAUACUGAGCUUUUCUGGAGGGCUACGUUUGCUCCUCGAAUGAACGAGUAUCCGUACAAGAGGAUUCCGAAGCUGGCAUUUAUGUUUCUGACACGGGGACCUUUGCCACUUUCACCUCUUUGGGAGAGGUUUUUUAGAGGCAAUGAAGGACUUUAUUCCAUCUAUGUUCAUUCACUACCAGCCUAUCGCGCAAAUUAUUCUCGCUCUUCUGUUUUCUAUGGCAGGCAGAUUCCUAGCCAGGUAACAGAGUGGGGGAAGAUGAGCAUGUGUGAUGCUGAGAGAAGACUUCUAGCAAAUGCAAUGCUCGACUUGUCAAAUGAAUACUUUGUGCUGCUGUCAGAGGCCUGUAUUCCUGUCCGUAACUUCACUAUUGUGUACCGCUACAUUUCAAAAUCUCGCUACAGCUUCCUAGGCUCUUAUGAUGAUCGUGGGCCCUAUGGGAGGGGACGAUAUAACAAGGGCAUGGAACCUGAGGUCACCCUCGAGCAAUGGCGAAAAGGUUCUCAGUGGUUUGAGGUUAAUCGUGAACUUGCUCUUCGAAUUGUGGAGGACAAAUUUUACUAUCCGAAGUUCAAGGAAUUCUGCAAGCCUGCUUGUUAUGUGGAUGAACACUACUUCCCUACAAUGCUAACCAUCGAAGUUCCUCGUUUGCUAGCUAACCGGAGUCUUACGUAUACCGACUGGUCAAGGGGUGGACCCCACCCAGCUACAUAUGGCAAAAAUGACAUUUCAAAGGAGUUCUUUGACAAGAUUUCUGGAAGAAAAAUGUGCGUCUACAAUCACCGGCUUGUCUUUCUGUGCCAACUUUUUGCGCGGAAAUUUGCACCCAGUGCCUUGCAACCCCUCUUGAGUUUGUCAUCUGAAGUAUUUGGUUAUUAAGGAACAGGAGAAAAUUUUACUGGUACCUACAAGAUGUUGCAUUAUAACGCUUCUUGACCAGUCCAUGUUUCACUACUCGGUGGGAAGGAAUUAUGUGGAUACAGAGGUUACCCUUUCAAGGGAAAUACUGAAUAUGUAGCAGAACUCAGAUAUUAUUACUAAUUUUGAGCGUUUUUAUGCUCCUAGAAUA